AUGUAUGAGAAGAUGAGAUCUUUGUUAGAUAGCUCCCGCUGGGGAAUGUAUACCGUCAGUCGUGGUGUUGGCCAGAAUGGAGCGCAGUGGAUACUUCAGGUACGGGAUUAUUUGGGACAGGUCCCCGAGACAUGGGCUUUUUUGUUAAUGCAUCAAGUCGAUGAUGCAUAUGCAGAUGCAGAUGUAGGUGUUGGUGGUGUUGGGAAAUGUACGAAGUAG